AUGCCGCGCGAGUCCGCCAAGAAGAAGGAAAAGCGGCUGUUCGACGCCACGUCUUUCGGGAAGGACCUGCUGGCCGGCGGCGUGGCGGCCGCAGUGUCCAAGACGGCCGUGGCGCCCAUCGAGCGGGUGAAGCUGCUGCUGCAGGUGCAGGCGUCGUCCAAGCAGAUCAGCCCCGAGGCGCGGUACAAGGGCAUGGUGGACUGCCUGGUGCGGAUCCCGCGAGAGCAGGGUUUCUUCAGUUUUUGGCGUGGCAACUUGGCAAAUGUCAUCCGGUAUUUUCCAACACAAGCCCUAAAUUUUGCUUUUAAGGAUAAAUACAAACAACUCUUCAUGUCUGGAGUUAAUAAAGAAAAACAGUUCUGGAGGUGGUUUAUGGCAAACCUGGCUUCUGGUGGAGCUGCUGGGGCAACUUCCUUGUGUGUAGUAUAUCCACUAGAUUUUGCCCGAACCCGAUUAGGUGUCGAUAUUGGAAAAGGUCCUGAAGAAAGACAAUUCAAGGGUUUAGGUGAUUGUAUUAUGAAAAUAGCAAAAUCAGAUGGAAUUGUUGGUUUGUACCAAGGAUUUGGUGUUUCGGUUCAGGGCAUCAUUGUGUACCGAGCCUCUUAUUUUGGAGCUUAUGAUACAGUUAAGGGUUUAUUACCAAAACCAAAGGAAACGCCCUUUCUUGUCUCUUUUUUCAUUGCUCAAGUUGUGACUACCUGCUCUGGAAUACUCUCUUAUCCCUUUGACACAGUUAGAAGACGUAUGAUGAUGCAGAGUGGUGAGGCGGAACGGCAAUAUAAAGGAACCAUAGACUGCUUUGUGAAGAUAUACCAACAUGAGGGAAUCAAUGCGUUUUUUCGUGGUGCUUUUUCCAACAUCCUUCGUGGUACGGGGGGUGCUUUGGUGUUGGUGUUAUAUGAUAAAAUUAAAGAAUUCAUUAAUAUUGACAUUGGAGGUAGUUCAUCAGAUUAAACUGGGAAAUUCAUCAUUUAAAACUUGUUAAGCACACAAAUUACAUAGCUACCAUAUGUAUACAUUUUGAUAGUGUUAUUACUGUCAGUAUUAAAGUGCUAAUUCUGAAAUAAAGCACAGGUGUUUUUCAAGGGUUUAAAUAUUAAAAUCAUAAAUAUGGGUUUCCUUCCCAUUUAGAUGCUAACUCAUUUUAAUGAGACAUUUGACUUUAACUAGUAUGUUAUUUCUGUUAGUUUAAAUUUUUUUCUUAUAUCUGUGAUGAAAAUUAAAGUAUAUAAUCUGAAAAAAUGAAAGUAUCUUCUUUGAAAUUGCUACUCAUUAAAUAUACCUGUCUUCUCAUCUUUUGAAAAUCAUAGGAUAUGACAAAUAUUUCUUUAAAAGUUUAUCAAGAGUUGUCGUCAUUAUAUCUGUAGGCAUAAAUAAGCUUUCUUCUACAACACCCCUAAUAAGACAGCUCAGGAAUUACUUUGUAUAGUACUUACAGUAUCAUAUAGCUUUUGAUAAGCACAGAUCUAUCAUUAAAAUUUGAUAAUGAUUUUAAUGGCACUGUAAAACUGGUUUGAAAAUAAGAGAUAUAAAAUGGUUUAUCUGCCAAUUGCUAGCUAUUUAAAAUAAAGUCUUGGUAGUAUGAAUAUAUCUUGGGACAGAAAAUAUCCCUUUGAAAAUUAGUUUUUGUAAUCUGUAUUGAUAAUAAAGGAAGUUUAAAACUGU